AUGUCAAACUUAGAUGAUGACGAAGCCCUCUUUGAGGACUUGUAUGACGACGAUAACAUAAGCUCCAAAAAGGAAGUACAAGCAGAGUCUGGGUCGAAAGAGAAAGCAGGUGAUCAGCAAGAUACUCAAACUGAACGAGGUGCUGCGUCGGAGGAUGUGCAAUCUACAGUGACACCAACGACUUCAGCAACCGAAGCCAGUAAUCAAACAGAGGGCCACGAUCAAUCACAUUCGGCACCAGUGCCUCCACCUCCACCUCCUGUAAAUGAAACACUCCAGGCAUCAACUGAUGUUCAACCUAGUCAACAGGACCAGCAAGCUCCGCCAAACCCAACAGCUCAACCAGGACAGCUGGGACAACCUCCAAUGCCAGCAUUUCCGUACGAUCCCGCUCAAUUUGCUCAAUUUGCAAGCAUGGCACAAAUGCAAGGCCAGAUUCCGGGACAAAUUCCCGGCCAGAUCCCAGGACAAAUGCCAUCUGGUAUCCCCCCACCUCCAAAUACUGGAGUUCCUGCUCUACCAAAACAAACUCCAUCUGAAAUAGGAAAGGAGAGCGGUAAAAUGUUUAUUGGUGGUCUCAACUGGGACACAACCGAAGAAGGAUUGGUGAAUUACUUUUCUAAAUUUGGAGAAAUCACCGAUUACACGAUUAUGAAAGACAAUGCGACUGGAAGAUCAAGAGGAUUUGGCUUUUUAACAUUCAAAGAUCCAAGCUCGGUAGAUGUGGUCAUCAAGCAAGACCACAUAUUAGAUGGUAAGUUAAUUGAUCCCAAACGUGCUAUUUCAAGAGAAGACCAGGACAGGGUUGGUAAGAUUUUCAUUGGAGGUAUCGAUCCAAUGGUCUCAGAGAAUGAAUUCAAUGAUUUCUUUUCCAAAUUUGGUACUAUCAUCGAUUGCCAGUUGAUGAUUGACAAGGAUACGGGAAGAUCAAGAGGUUUUGGGUUUAUUACAUUUGAUUCUCCGGAUGCCGUGGAUAAAGUGUGUGUCAACAAGUACUUGACCUUGAAAGGAAAGGCAAUGGAAGUAAAACGUGCUGCUCCAAGGGGUCAACAUAAUCAACAAGUGAUGUUGCAACAACAACAGCAGGCACAACAACAGGCACAACAGCAAGGUCAGUUCUAUAACCCAUACGGAUCUGCACAAUACGGACAGAUGUAUCCACAAAUGAAUCCAGCUGUGAAUCCAGCUAUGAACCAGUGGUACCAAUGGUAUAUGUUUCAGCAAGCUCAGGCUCAACAACAAGGAGGCUCGCCAGAUUCCCAGCCUGCACAACCCCUUAACCCACAGCAACAAGCGGAUGAGCCAGAUAUGGAGGAGUCAGGUGCUGCUGGUACAGGAAAAUCAGCCUCUGGCUCUCCGCCAGCUGGAGACGAAGGUGGAUAUUCAGCUAGGCCAAAUAUUCCUCGUGGCCCAAAGAGACCCAACGGUCCAUCUAAUUUCAGAGGAAGAGGUGGUUACAGGAGAGGUCGCGGUGGUUUUCACCCUUACCAAAGAGGCGGAAGGAGAUAUUAA